CGUAGGACAUUAGUCUGCUUAAUCACAACAUACGGGGUCAUAAUGCUAGACCCAACACUUCAGACCGAAAUGGUGUACAUGUAUUACGAUUUACGAGACGAUAUCUGGCCCAUUAAAAGGGUGCAAGCUGAUGGGCUGGAGCUUUUUUUUUUUUUGCCCAUUGUUGAUUUGUUCUAUUAAAAUAAAAGGGUUUUCUAGGGUUUUUGAGCGGCUAGCAAUCAAAGAAUUUGUAAAACCAGAAGUCGCUGACGAUGAAGAAAAGCCAGAAAGCACCGGCAUUCAUGCCGGAACUAGUCACCGACAUUCUCCUCCGCCUCCCCGUGGAAACUCUCCUGCGAUUCAGAUGCCUUUCUACAUCACUUUGCGCCGAAAUUGACAGUCCAGAUUUCGCCAAGAAUCAUCUCUGUAGGUCAAUCCAGAGCAAAACCCGCCAAAAGCUAAUCAUCAACAACGAAGAUUUUAUGGAUCCCACCGAUUUCUUUUACGCUAAUUUUGAUAGCAACUUCGAAUAUACUAUCCUACUCAACAACCCAUUGAAAUCUUCGUAUCGCUGCACUUCGGUAUGUGGUUCUUGCAAUGGCUUGUUUCUCUUGGGUAUUUUUGUUAAAGACCAAACCAUGGAUUUUGCCUUAUGGAAUCCAUUUACUAAGCGGUAUAGGAAGCUACCACCUUGUCCGGUCCAAACUCUUCCUGGGUACAAAAAAUUUAUCAGCUUUGGUUUAGGAUGUGAUUCUGCUCUUAAUGACUAUAAAACUGUGAUGAUUGCAAAGAUUCACGACUCAAAUGAUGAUGAUGAUGACGAUGAUGAUUGUGUUCAUUUCCAAGUUUGGGUUUUUAGUUUGAAAUCAGAUUCUUGGAAGAGGAUUCAAGAUGUGGAGGAUGAACUAACCACCUGGGUGGGGAGUUUUGCAAACGGUGCUUUGUAUUGGGGGUGUGAAAAUAAGUUUGUUGGUUUUGAUCUGGCAAAUGAGGUGUUCUUUGACCUCCCACUACUGAAUGAUUGUGGCCCUGCAGCUAUCUACUAUGAUAUUGUGGUGGUUUUUGGAGGUAAUGUUUACACUCCAAUAAUACAUGCUGAGGAAGAUACUAUAGAAUUUUACUUGUGGGUGGAUGAUGAUGGUGGAGAAGUUGCAGGUGGUUGCUGGAGGAAAGAAUUCACUUUGGAGAAAGAGAAGAAUAUUAGUUUCAGUCUUUUCCCACCUUUUCCUUUGGCAUAUUCAAAAGAGGGGGAUGGGAUCCUGCUUCAUAAAGGAAAUUUGAUUUAUUGGUAUAACUUUGAAACCAAAAAAAGACGAAGGGUGAAAAUUCAUUUGAUACCUGAUAUUCCAACUUAUAAUUUCCAUGUUUGCUGGGAAAGCCUUGUUUCCCCUGGGAACAAUACUGCAUUUGAUGGUGAAGCUGAGGAAGUGAUAUUAGGUGAUUUAGAGGCUGAUUCAGAUGAGUAGAGCCAUAUGAAGCAGACUUCUUUUGGAAGGUUCUAGUUUGCACAUAUUUGGUUAGCCAGGAUGGAUGAUAGUAUUUCAAUGAUCGAUGCUUUAUUUCAACCCCACUUUUGUUUAGCCCUUUCUCCUUGGAAAUCUUAGUACCAUUUUUGUUGCAUUUUGCAUGGUUUGAAUUUUGAAAUGGGGCUUGGGUUGGGAUAAUCCCUUUGAAGUUCUAGGUUUCCCAGAAUCCUAAGUGUUUGUAUUAACUCUCCUUUAUAAUUUAGAUUAAAACUUCCAGUUUCAU